UUGAUGUCGUAGUAAAACAUCAAAUACAAAGUCGUUGUUUCUCUUUCUUUAAGUCUAUUUAACCAAAAUGUGGUUCCCUCAGUACAUUUAAAAAAACAUAAAGACCCUGAAAAUGAGAGCAGCAGAAUAAGAAAAAUUCAGAGAUUAGAGAUAAAGAAAAACAACAAGAAGAAAUGGAGAUGAUGAACAGCAGAUGGGUAGGAACAGUAGCAAGUAUAUGGAUACAAUUAAGCGUAGGAGCAUCCUACGUAUUUGGUGUCUACUCACCAGUUCUUAAAUCAAGUCAAGGUUAUGAUCAAUCAACUCUUGAUUCUGUUGCUGUUGCUAAAGACAUUGGAGCAAAUUUUGGUCUUCUCUCUGGUUUUCUCUACUCAGCUGUUGUAUUCACCUCAUCAACAUCAGCUUCCUCAUCAGCUUCAUCGUUAUGGUUCAAGAGGAAAAUUGGGGGUCCAUGGAUUGUGAUAACAGCAGGAGCAAUUCAAUGUUUCAUAGGGUAUUUUUUUAUGUGGCUUGCUGUUACUGGAAUCAUACCGAGACCACCGGUUCCAUUGAUGUGUUUGUUUAUGUUUCUUGCUGCUCAUGCUCAGACUUUCUUCAAUACUGCUAAUGUUGUCACUGGUGUUCAGAAUUUCCCUGAUUACAAAGGAACAAUUGUUGGGAUUAUUAAGGGAUUUCUUGGUCUAAGUGGAGCAAUACUAAUUCAAGUGUACCAAACAAUAUUUGUAGACAAACCAAGUUCAUUCCUUCUUAUGCUUGCAUUAGUACCAACCAUUAUUCCUCUCUUGCUCAUGUUUUUCAUCAGAACCAGUGACAUCCCUCCAUCACCAACUAAAAGCUUUAUUUCCACUGAGAAAGAUAGCCUAAAUGGAUUUUCAAUCAUUGCACUCUUACUUGCUCUAUAUGUUAUGAUCCUAAUCAUCUCUCAAAAUGUCGUUACAUACGGGAUAAAUACGCGCAUAAUUACGUUCACUAUUCUUCUCAUAGGAAUUUUAUCACCAAGUGUCAUUGCAUUUAGAGCUCAUCUUACUGACUCCAGAAGUCAAUAUUCCUCAAUUGAUGAUGCAUUGUUGAUCAAUGAAGAAAAUCGAGAAUUGGUACUUACUGGAAAUUAUGAUAACAAGAGGGAGAUAGUGCUACUAGAUGAGAAAGUACCACAUUUGAAUCUUUGGCAGGCAUUGCGGACAGUAAAUUUUUGGUUACUAUUUUCAGCAAUGGCAUGUGGAUUAGGUUCAGGAAUGGCAACAGUAAACAAUAUAAGUCAAAUUGGUGGAUCUCUUGGUUACACAAGUGUUGAAACAAGAACUUUGGUUUCUUUGUGGAGUAUAUGGAACUUUUUAGGUCGAUUCGGAGCCGGCUUCGUUUCUGACUACUUCUUACAUUUGAAGGGUUGGGCAAGACCAAUCUUCAUGGUAGUAACAUUAGCAGGUAUGGGUUUAGGUCAUCUGGUUAUUGCAUCAGGUUUACCUGGUGCAUUAUAUGCAGGUUCAACAGUGAUGGGCAUAUUCUAUGGUUCACAGUGGUCAUUGUUUCCUACAAUAUGCUCUGAAAUUUUCGGCGUAACUCAUCUUGGUACGAUAUUUAACACGGUUGCGCUAGCAAGUCCUGUUGGAUCAUACAUUUUAUCUGUGAAAUUAGUAGGAUUUAUCUAUGACAAAGAAUCCUCGUUGAAUGCCAGCGGGCAUGUUAGUUGCGUCGGUAGUCAUUGCUUCAUGGUAUCUUUCAUUAUAAUGGCUGGUGUUUGUGUAUUAGGGUGUGGGCUUGCAUUGAUUUUGUUCUUUAGGACUAGAAAAUUUUACCAAGAUGUUAUCUACAAAAAAGUAAAGCAUUGAGGUGGACCAGGUGGUGAAACGGUGAAGGUUACUAAUUUUUUUUGGGUGGAAAAGAGGUGAAUUCUUUGUAAUGCUUUUGUCAGUUGAAUUUUGUAUUUUUAAGGCUGAAUUGUAUGUAACUGUGUUAUCAAAUCUUGAAGUAACACUACUGUUCUUUUGGGGGUU